ACUUCGCUCGCCUGUCUGGGGUCCAGCCUGCCCACUCUUCAUCGGACGCGAGGUUGGGGAAGUUACGGCAGCUGUUGCCAUUUGCGCCAAUCUAGGAUAACAGCCAGGACCGAGAAGGAAGAGUGAAAGGGCUGCUUAUCCCGCUUGCUGCAAGAUGCCGCGCCUAGGGUACAAGAAGUCUCGCGGUGGCUGUGCAAGGUGUAAACAGCGUCGUGUAAAAUGCGAUGAGAACAAGCCGUGUGGCGCCUGUAUCAGGCACAACACCCAGUGCAGUCUCCUCGAGGGCUCAGUGGACGGCUCAGGCUCCGGUGACAACAUGAGCUGGGAGCCGGCAUCCAAUUCUAACGCGGCGGGACUCUCCAGAGUGCCGAGUUUUCAACGGAGGAGCUCAUCGCGAAAAGGAUCCAGUGGCAGCCGCAAGAUGCAAACGCCAUCAAUCAGCCCAAUAGACCACUCAUUGACGCCGCCGAGUCUACUCGAGGCCACCCUCAACCUACCGGCAGACUUCGUCAGCGACCGGGGCUCUUCUAUCGGAAAUAGGCGGUCCUCUAUCGCCGCCUCGAGCCCCGACCCGUUUCCCUACUUUGUCAAGUUUUCAACCGAACCCGUGGAACCGGUUCAUUUGAACAAGUGGAUCACAGAUCUCGAGCUGAUGCACCAGUACUCCACGGCCACCAGUCUCACGAUGCCCAGGUCGUCGGACGUGAGCAGUAUCUGGCAGUUUGAGGUACCGAAGCUCGGUCUGACGUACAUGUUCCUGAUGCACGAAAUCCUCGCUAUCGGUGCUUUACAUCUAGGGUACCUCCACCCGGAGCAGCGCGAAUCUUACGCCUUGCAUGCCUCACAGCAUCAGAGUGAUGCGAUAGCGGGCAUGCGAGAGUCACUCAUGAACAUUACGACGGAAAACUGCCACGCUCUGUUCGCGGCAUCGUCAUUACUGUUGCUCAAUGCAUACUCUACAUUCCCGUAUCAAAGGGGAGCCCCUCACUCACAAGAGGCGCCAACUGUCGACAAUGUUCUCGACGUCUUCCUACUUGUGAGAGGAAUGAGCCACAUCUUAUCAUCAUUUCAACCAUCUAUCCAGGCAGGGCCUUUUAGGCACUUCUUCACAGAGGUCGUCACUCCCGCGACUACACCAUUGCUGGAGGCAGUCACACAGCAUCUCGAGAACCUCCAAAUAAGUUUAAAGACAUCCAGCGCCGACGAACAAACCAAAGCCAUCGUCAGCAAGGAGAUCGACGUGUUUCUCGGGUGGAUCAUGCACGCCGUUGAGACAACAGCGUUCCCAGAGCUGCGGGUGGCCUUGACAUGGCCCAUCAACCUCGCCGAGGAGUAUCUACAGCUGCUCCGGAACCGCGAUCCUGCGGCGCUGACUCUGUUGGCUUACUACUCGGUCGUCGUCCGCUCGACGGAAGCUACCACGUGGUUUAUGCAGGGAUGGGGCAUCAACUCGGCGCGGGCGAUAGUAUCAGACUUAGAUCCAGAGUGGAAAGAGUUGGUCAAAUGGCCAUUGGCCUUCAUAAGCGACAGAAGUAUACAGCUUUAGUUGUCAUCUAAACAAAUCAAAGAACAAAACAUUUAGACUACCCCAUUCCGGCCAUCCCUUGAACUGCUUUACUAGAGAUGCCAAUACUCUUCGGACCUCAGAGCAGACACUGAUGGCUAGUACGAUGAGAGCCGCGACAUCCCGCGUGCGACAAUUCCACGCUGAAGCUUCAUGGAGUUGCAGGGACACCAACGUCAACUGUCAGCUUUUCUGAUGCCGUCUACCCGAACAACCUUCCAUUUAGGUCUGUUAGGCUCGAAAGUCUAACUAGCCGAUCAACAAUAAUCUAAAGAAUUCGGC